CGUAUAAACAAUAUUUAUGUGGCAACUCACGUCGUACGUCAAAAUUGUGUCACAUCGGCUUUACUAGCUAACAAUCUUGUUAAUUUGUUGGCAUCGGCAAAUAACACGCGAUAAUUAGUAAUUCCGUCUGUAGUUGUUUGAAUUCUACAAAAAUGCAUCCAGAUCUUACUGAGCGUAUAUUACAGCACUUGGAAGGCACCGACAAAGUGAGCACCAUUGACUUGGCCGCAUUAUUUGAUGUAGACCAUCAGAAAAUUGUCGGUGCGUUGAAAAGUAUAGAAGCUCAUGGAGAAUUAUUAAAAGCUGAAGUAACCUUAGUGAAGAGUUUGGAGUUGACGGAGGAAGGGCGGGCUGUUAUGACAAAUGGUAGCCACGAAGCAAAUUUAUAUGCCGCUGUGCCAACGGAAGGUGUGCUGCAGGACGAACUUAUGAAAAGUGGCCCAAAUGCCAAGAUUGGUUACAGUAAAGCUAUGUCACUUGGCUGGAUAUUUUUAGACAAAUCUGUGAGUCCAGCGCUUGUCAAAAGGAAAGUGGAUAAAAUCGAAGACACCGUAAAGAAAUCGUUGGAAGAGAUAUCUAAAAACAAAACUGAUCUUCCACCGCAUGUUAUUAAGGAAUUUAAAAAGCGAAAGUUGUUGCAAGAGAUUACAACGAAAAGUUUUAUUUUAAGUAAAGGACCGGAAUUUGCCACGACAUUAACGAAGUUGGAGACAGAUUUGACAGUGGACAUGUUAGCUAGUGGUUUAUGGAAGGACCUCAAGUUUAAAUCGUACAAUUUCGAUGCACUGGGUGCUGCCCCUGUAAGAGGGCACUUGCAUCCUCUACAAAAAGUACGUACUGAAUUCCGUCAAAUAUUUUUAGAGAUGGGUUUCUCAGAAAUGCCCACAAACAACUACAUUGAAUCCUCGUUCUGGAAUUUCGACGCAUUAUUUGUACCACAACAACAUCCAGCUCGUGACGCUCAAGAUACAUUCUUUAUAAGCCAUCCGGCGAAAAGUUAUAAAUUUCCUCAAGAGUAUAUGCAACGUGUGCAAGAAGUUCAUUCACGCGGUGGUUAUGGUUCAACUGGAUACGUGUAUGAUUGGAAAUUGGAAGAGGCUCAAAGGAAUACGCUACGCACUCACACUACCGCAGUAAGUGCAAGAAUGUUGUAUAAAUUGGCAAAUCAACCGGAAGGUUUCCGACCAGUGAAAUACUUUAGUAUUGAUAAAGUGUUCCGCAAUGAAACAUUGGAUGCAACACAUCUGGCAGAGUUCCAUCAAGUGGAGGGUGUGGUAGCAGAUGUGGGACUCACACUAGGCGACUUAAUUGGUACAUUAUAUGAGUUCUUCCGUAAACUGGGAAUUGAAAAGCUGGAGUUUAAACCUGCUUAUAAUCCGUACACCGAACCCAGCAUGGAAAUAUUUUGCUUUCAUCCAGGUCUUAAUAAAUGGAUUGAGGUUGGAAAUUCAGGCGUUUUUCGACCAGAACUCCUGUUACCUAUGGGUUUGCCAGAAAAUGUCAAUGUAAUUGCUUGGGGUCUGUCGUUGGAAAGACCAACAAUGAUCAAAUAUGGCAUUAAUAAUAUACGCGACUUGAUCGGACCCAAAGUUGACUUGAAAAUGGUAGAGGAAGGACCAAUUUGCCGUUUGGAUAAAUAAAUGAAGUUUUACUUUGUUUAAAUAUUAGCAGAGAGUAUGUAAUCGUUUGAAUGUUUGAUUAUAUAAUUUAAUUUAAUAAAAAUGUAUUUAAAAAACGUA